GUCACAACUCCCAUCUCCUCAAUCUACUUAUCUCAGCCCGCCGGGCUCUAUAGCCCUCUUUCUUGUUUAUUAUGGUGAAGGAUCAGCCUAGCAGACGAAAGUCUAUCGCAGGAACACAACAAAGCCGACCGUCUGGCGUCUUCAAAGCUAAACGACGUGCCCACAGCAUUGUUCCUGGAGACAUACUAAGUCCUCGCGCGAAAGCCCGUAGAUUGGCUGCCCCUCGCAAGAGUAUCCUCAAAGCGACCGCGAUCAAUCUCCUACCUCUCGAUGGCUCACAGCCCCAGUCACAAGAAUCCGAAACUACUCCCCAGUCGUCCCAACCCACCCAGCCCUCGUCCUCACCUGACGAGAAUAAUGCCACCGAGUCUAUGGAUCUUACGACCGACUGGCAGUCUCAAGGGAAUAUCAGAAAGUCUCUCGCGCGUCGCGUCAGUUUCGCGAGCAACGCUUAUGUGCGACUCAUUGAUCCUCGAAAUGUCGACAACACCAACAGUACCGCUUCGCCACAGUCCUCUCCCGUUGCGCCCUCAGAUCCUCCACAACCUACUCCAGGCGACCCAGUGGUCCUCAGUGACGAGAACGCGUAUCCGGGCGGUGCACCAAAGAACCGUCGCCGAAGCUCGAUGCGUCAGUCGAUUGGCAGUGAAGACAUGGAAUUGACUGUCAAUUUCCAGUUCUCACAAGAGAACGAGUCUACUUUCGACGAUGAGGACAUGGUGAUGGACGACGACGAUUCGAUGGACAUGGACAUGACACAGGCGCUGGAUGACAACUACAUCAAGACGAGGGCACUUUCUCUAGGCGGCUCCAGGACCCCUCUUUCUCAGAUCUCCCUAACUCCUGCUGCGAGCAGUGGCACAACUGAUGCCGACCAAUCACAGUCUUUCGCGGAGGACCAGUCCCAAUCUUUUGCCUCCGAACCUUCACAAGAACCUCCCACUGAGUUCACGAUCCCCCUCAACCGAUCCUUGCGACCACCGGCGCACGAGGACGAGACUUGGAUGGCCCUGCGCAGGAUGACGCACUCUGGCGAUGCGCCUUAUGAAGAGUCCCCGGCUUCCGACGAUGAAUACGUCCCUGUCCGUCCUCAAGAUGGAGACUGGGCCCUUGCGGGACCUUCGCAAGUCCAGUUCCAAGAUGACACGUUUUCGAGCACUGAUGCCAGUCUCGAGGAUGUGGAUAGCGGGGAUCGCACUGUGAAUUUGAGCAGAGUACUGGGUCGCCCCAGCUUUGCUGGCUCGGAGCUUCGAAUGAGCAUGGGUCAGCCUGACUCUACCAUGGACGAGUCGGAGAUCUACGGUUCGAUCAUUCCACCUCCGAUCCAAUCGUCUACGCCACUUCCAGCUCGUGCUGCCCCUAAUGUUGCUGUUCCUUCUUCGCCACCUGCGUCCGAGCAACCUUCCCGGCCGCCGAUCUUCCGACCGCCCUCUCCGAAAGUUGCAACAUCGGCUCCCACUCUGAUAGUCGCGCCUCCUCCGAAACCUGCUGCGCAAAUCGAAGGGACUCGACGCGUCAGUUUAGCUCCGAUCUCACUACAGAAACGGCCUCGAGACCCGGGGAGCCCAGAGAAAGUGUCUCCAGCCAAGCGCCAAGCAGUAGUUCGGACGCCUUCUCCCAGCAAGAAAUCAGCGCAGUCUGACAUUCCUCGUCCGAAACCACUGUCUCCGAGCAAGAAAGCGCCAUUUCUGGUCUCCACCAAGCUACCGAGCAACAAAGCGACGACGCCCGUCGCUGCGCGCCCAUCCGCGUUGCGGCGACCUUCGGGAUAUUUCGCUCGAAGGAAAAGCGUGGGGACCGUGUUCUCCAGUGCGGGCGCGACAGAACAUGCUGGACCGCCGAAGUCGCCGAAGAAGAAGGCUGCAAUAGGCUUGGGAAGAGCGAGCAUGGGCUCGGCUCCGGCUGUGUCUUGGACCAGGCCUGUCGUAGAUAAAGGAAAGCAGAAGGAGCAAGCGCCAGAAUCGGAGCAUGCAGCAGGCUGUGCCCGGGAGGUUGAGCGACAGGCAGCUGCGUCCCCCACUCCAUCGAGAGGGUCCCCCGCUCCAAGCUCUCCUCGGCGGAUUGCUCGUUUCGAGCCCUUUGUUGAAGAGGUCGCGCCAGCUGAGGAUGAUCCGCAACCGGAUCCUACAGAGCAAUGGAGAGAAAGAGUCCAGGAAGCUGGGCCCCCCGAAGAAGUUGAACUGCCACAUCUUUCACUGGAGCAAUUCUUUGAGCUUACAGGCAUCAAGUUCAUGGACGACAUCGAAGGACCUCGGCGAUCGACACAUCAACCUGUUCGUCAGGCUCGACCGACUGCCGAGAUCCUUCUUUCGGAAUACGCGAUUGCGAUGUUGAUAACUGUUCCCGAGCUGACGCUGUACUCAAGUGUGUCGAGUGAUCUGACGGCUUGGAUCGAGCAAAGCAAAACUCUGUUCUCCCAAGCACAGGAAGAAGCGGCGAAAUAUGCACCGGAGCUGUUCACGGAAUAUCUGCGGGCUGAUGAAGAGGGCCAGACCGAACUGCUACACCAAUUGAACCUGAUUCGCAUCAACUGUCGAGGGCGAGCCAAACAAGAGUGGUACGACUGGAAGCAGCAGUGGAUCCAAGGAUUGAGGGCAGAGGUUGACAAGGGCUCGGCUGCCGUGGAUGAGGAUAAUGCCGCUCUCUCCACAUUGGAAGAUCUCCCUGAUACAGUUCUUCCAGCUCUCGAGCAGGAAUACGAGAGAGUGAUGAAGCAAUUGGAGAAAGAGCAGGCCGAAGUGGCAGAGAUCGAAGACAGUGACCAGGACUAUCUGGCUGAACUCAAGGCCUCUGUUGCCGAGCAGAAUGCUGAGGUCGAGGCGUUCCAAGCUGAGCUGGCCGAGAGCGAUUCACAAUUGCAAUGGCUUCAGGAGCGACUCGAAGAGUUGGACCUAGAACAGCGCCAAGCGCGAAGUGCGAUUGCCGAUGCAAACAGAAUGCUACAUCUACAGAGGAAUAGCACUCGUGCAGAACUGGUCAGACUCAAAGGUGCCGUUUCCAGCCUAACGACAACAUUGAAGCUUGACCAUCACGCAGAGGAAGUUUUGACGAUGCAGGAGCUGCACAUGAUUUCCAUAACGAAAGUGACCUCGAAUGUGUUUGAAUACGACUAUGCGGCUCAGUUCCAUGUGACGGUUCCUUGUCGCAAAUUGGUCCCGGUUGCUUCGAAGGUGCAGAUCUCCAGACUGCCGCAUUCCACAUCGUAUCCGGACGACUUUCCAUCACUGAGCCGAUACUUCCUCGAGACUGCACAUCGUCGGAUUCACAGCAGCAGAGCGGAGACCACAUCUCAAGUCAUGGGGAAUCUAUCUGACUAUUGGUCUGCCUGUGGGCAAGUCCGGACACAGUUGUUCCAAUUGACAAUCAAGUAUCCGGUGGAUGUGGAGUUUUUGGCGAACGGAGAUGGCUUCAAAGCACGGACGACCGUUUUAUUCCCCGCUGCCAAAGCCAAGGCGUACAUCGACUUUAUCUUUCCAGUCAAGACCUUUUCUCAGUGGCCUAUUUCUAUCGAAUUUCUAGAGCAUGAUGUGACAGUGGCAUAUGGAGCCAUCGAGCGUGACCUCAUCUUCAAUGCCGUUUCUGAGCGAAUGGAGCUGGCCAGUGCCGCGGAGAAUUACGGUUGUUUGUUGGACGCAUGUAUCGGUGUCCAGGAUCUGUACCAGUAGUUUCUAUUCGUCUUUCUUGUUUCAUAACUGUAUGAUUCAUAUGACUGUAUUUUCCUUCAUCUCUGUUUCCUGGACGUCCUAGAAGCACCCCGCAAUCACGGAUUGGAGCCAUCCGAGUCUGAUCUUGCACCGCGUUCGGUGUCAAUUUACCCCACCGCUUUUGCUGCGCGUUGCAGUGUCCGCUCCAAUAGCACCCUACUCGUGCUCCAUCUCAUAUGUGACGCGAUAUGCACGGGCAUGUGCAGGCUCACGCGGUAUAUAUAAAGGUUCAUGUGCACAGAAGCAACCCCCAGUUCUAAUUCCCCCACGUCUACAUCCACCAUGAAAUUCUCCCCUGCAUCCGUUGUCCUCGCUACCGUCUGUGCCCUCUCGUCUGUGCAGGCUGCUGUCCCCACUGUGGUGUCGGAUGUCCCUGUUCCCUCCAUCUCAGACCCGUUGUCGAUCCUCUCGACCAUCGCUUCCAUAGCCUCGUCCGCCGCUUCGGCAGCCACCUCAGCCGCCUCUUCUCAGUCGGGUGCCACUGUCGUCCCACCCCUCUCGAGUGUGCAGUCCCUGCCCUCGAGUUCCUCGGCCGCUAGUACAAGCACAAGCGUGAGCGUGAGCACGGUCGUGUCGUCGUCCACAGCCCCUGCAGGCUCGUCAGCUGCCAGCAGCGCCCCUGCGGCGUCGUCUAGUGCGCCGAACGCUGCGCUCCCGACUGGUGUGCCGUCGAAGGAGUUGGCAAUUGGAGCUGGAUUGCUGGCUGCGAUCCUUCUUUGAGCAAGCAGCAUGAUUCAGACCAAAAGUUGGAAAGUUGUAGGACAAUGUAAUUGAUUGAAGCAAGUUGCAUGGACGGACUCGAAUGGAGAUAGGCAUUUACUUGACAGCCUUGUAAUGACUUUAAUAAACGGAGUCAACUCAUGGUAAUAUUUAUGCCGCUGGUGGUGUGCUGGUGAACUAGUGGACGAGAUCAUGAAGAGAUUGAUGAUGACCGUAGCCCAUACUACUCCUUUAGGCGUCCCAAAAACGUGGGCAGCUCAGCGUUUCACCGCUACACAUGAGCAGUUGUUCCUAGAGUUCGAACAUUCGGGCGCUGGAGAGAUGAAUUGUGGGAUUGAUGAUGACGUAAUGUGGUUAGUCAAUUAAUGAUGUUGAUGAUGAGUGAUUGAAGGACGUCAAUGUCAAUAUCAGGUGCAAAUAUUCCGACUUCUCUGCUCUCUUGGACGAGGGAAAAAUAUUGAGAUCCGUAGAUCUACCACUCCGGAAAAGCGUGUCAUCCUUGUGCAGGGGCCAUGCUAAUCUUCUCUGUAUCGUUCCAAUUUUUCGUAUGACACCC